AUGAGAGCUGCUAUGCUCGUGGCUGUUGUGGCUGCCCUUGGCAAUUUGAUACAAGGAUGGGACAACGCUACAAUGGCUGUUGGCAUCGUCCACAUAAAGCGGGAAUUCAACUGGGAAAACGAGCCGGGCAUGGUGGGCCUGACUGUGGCCAUGUCCCUAAUCGGCGGCACAAUAAUCACAUUCUGUUCCGGUGGGCUCUCCGACUGGCUGGGCCGCCGGCCCAUGUUGAUUAUAUCCUCUGCAUUGUACUUCAUCAGCAGCCUCUUCAUGUUGUGGGCCCCGAGCAUCCGAUUGCUCCUCUUUGCAAGGCUGCUCGAUGGUUUUGGGAUUGGAUUAUCCGUCACAAUUGCCCCUUUGUACAUUUCUGAGAUGUCCCCUCCCGAGAUUAGGGGUCUUUUGAGCACUUUCCCUCAGUUUAUGUACACGAGCGGCAUGUUUUUGUCGUAUGCAUUGGUUUUCUGUGUGGCUUUGGCUGGGUCAUCUAGCUGGAGGCUCACGCUCGGUUUUCUUGCUUGGCCUUCGUUGGUUUAUUUUGUUCUUACGGCGUUUUACUUGCCCGAGUCACCUAGGUGGCUUCUGAGCAAGGGGCGUAUGCUUGAGGCUAAGCGGGUUUUGCAGAGGCUCCGUGGGAAGGAGGAUGUUUCCGGUGAGAUGGCUUUUCUAGUCGAAGGCCUCGAGGUCGGUGAAGAUAUUUCCAUCGAGGAAUACAUAAUCGCACCAUCGAACGAGCUUCUCGAAGAGGAAAAAUCGACCGUGAACGACAAGGAAGAAUUAAUCCGACCAGAGGGACUCUCGUCGGUUAUUGCUCUUCGCAUCCCCACCCAAAGCUUCACCAGCAGCAUUCUCUCCCGCCAUCAAGACCCCGUUGUUACGCUCUUCGACAGCGUGCACGAGAAGCUUCCCGAAGCUUCAGGAAGCAAGGGGAGUUAUUUCUUCCCACAUCUUGCCAGCAUGUUCAGCAACCAGCCCAAGAACAACAACGACGAGUCGGAUGAGGAUUAUGAGUCCAACAGCGGGCCCGUUAGUGAUACCGAAGAAUCUCUGCAAAGCCCGCUUAUCUCACGCCAGGGAACGAGUUGUGGGAACUUGACGAGCCCACACCACUCGAACUUCGGAAGCUACAAUAAAAUGAAGCAUGAAAGUCACUUGCUUGGGGAUGGGUCGGAGAAGAACGGCGGUUGGCAGCUGGCGUGGAAGUGGAAGGAAGGGCAAGGGAGUUUCAAGAGAGUUUAUCUCCAUGAAAGUGACUCCAUGCGGGCUUCGGGCCUGGUGAGCCAAUCGGCUCUGUGUUCGGGCCGGUUAAUGGAUCAGCCCACGGUGGGACCAGCAGUGGUCCACCCAUCUGUGGUUGCUGAGAAAGGGCCCAAGUGGAACGAUCUGUUUGAGCCUGGAGUGAAGCAUGCGUUAGUAGUAGGGAUGGGGAUUCAAAUGCUACAACAGUUCUUGGGCAUAAAUGCUAUCUCUUAUUACACGCCUCAAAUUCUCGAGCAAGCUGGCGUUCAAGUGCUUUUUUCGGACAUAGGGAUUAGUCCUGACAAGGCAUCUUUGCUUAUUAGUGCCGUCAUGAUCUUGCUAACGCUCUUGUGCGUUAUUAUUGCCAUGAGACUUAUGGAUGUAUCAGGCAGAAGGAGUUUACUGCUGAACACGAACCCGAUACUUACAGCAAGCCUCGUAACUUUGGUCGUGAUGCAGCUCGUGCACGUGAGGACAGCUGUCAAAGCAGCCGUGUCGACAGCUAGCGUCGUUCUGUACAGUUGUUUCUUCUCCAUGGGAUUCGGUCCGAUUCCCAACAUUUUGUGUUCGGAAAUUUUCCCAACGAAAGUUCGAGGAGUUUGCAUAGCCAUGUGCGCACUUACGUAUUGGAUAUGUAAUAUUAUGGUUACUUACUCGUUGCCCAUGAUGUUGUCGUCGAUCGGGAUAUCGGGUGCUUUCAGCAUAUACGCGUUUGCUAGCUUGGUUUCGUGGGCUUUCGUGUACUGGAAAGUUCCAGAAACUAAGGGCAUGCCGCUUGAGGUUAUAACCGAGUUCUUCGCGAUGGGGGCGAAAAAGUCGGGUGCCGAUACAAAGAGCAACAAAGUUGGGUUUCAUGGAGUUUGA